GGCGCCAUGGCCGACGUGUUCCCGGGCCCCGAGCCCGGCGCGGACCCGGACGUGGUGCAGCGCUUCGCUCGCAAGGGAGCCUUGCGGCAGAAGAACGUGCACGAGGUGAAGGAGCAUAAAUUCACCGCGCGCUUCUUCAAGCAGCCCACGUUCUGCAGCCACUGCACCGACUUCAUCUGGGGGUUUGGGAAACAAGGAUUUCAGUGCCAAGUUUGCUGUUUUGUGGUUCACAAGAGGUGCCAUGAAUUUGUUACGUUUUCUUGUCCUGGUGCAGACAAAGGGCCUGACACUGAUGAUCCCAGAAGCAAACACAAGUUUAAAAUCCACACAUAUGGAAGCCCAACGUUCUGUGACCAUUGUGGAUCAUUACUGUAUGGACUUCUACAUCAAGGGAUGAAAUGUGACACUUGCGAUAUGAAUGUUCACAAACAGUGUGUAAUAAACGUUCCAAGUCUGUGUGGAAUGGAUCACACAGAGAAAAGAGGAAGGAUUUAUCUGAAAGUUGAAGUCAGUGGUGACAAACUGCAAGUCACAGUACGAGAAGCAAAAAACUUAAUCCCUAUGGAUCCAAAUGGACUUUCAGAUCCAUAUGUGAAGCUGAAACUUAUCCCUGACCCAAAGAAUGAAAGUAAACAAAAAACAAAAACCAUCCGUUCCACUCUAAACCCACAUUGGAAUGAAUCAUUUACAUUUAAAUUGAAACCUACAGACAAAGAUCGACGGUUAUCUGUAGAAGUUUGGGACUGGGAUCGAACGACUAGAAAUGAUUUCAUGGGAUCGCUUUCAUUUGGGGUGUCAGAGCUUAUGAAAAUACCAGCGUGUGGAUGGUACAAGUUGCUUAACCAAGAAGAAGGUGAAUACUACAAUGUCCCAAUUCCAGACGCUGAUGAUGAUGGAAAUGUAGAACUCAGACAGAAAUUUGAGAAAGCCAGACUUGGACCAGCUGGUAACAAAGUCAUUACUCCCAUAGAAGACAGGAUUUCCAAUAUACCAUCCAACAACCUGGAUAGUGUGAAGCUGACAGAUUUCAACUUUCUCAUGGUGCUUGGGAAGGGGAGCUUUGGAAAAGUGAUGUUGGCAGACAGGAAGGGGACGGAGGAGCUGUAUGCAAUCAAAAUAUUGAAAAAAGAUGUGGUGAUUCAGGAUGAUGAUGUGGAAUGUACCAUGGUUGAAAAACGAGUCCUAGCACUGCAGGAUAAGCCACCUUUCCUAACACAGCUGCAUUCUUGCUUCCAAACAGUUGAUCGUCUGUACUUUGUUAUGGAGUAUGUGAAUGGUGGUGACCUCAUGUAUCACAUUCAGCAAGUAGGAAAAUUUAAGGAGCCACAGGCAGUGUUUUACGCAGCUGAGAUUUCAAUUGGGCUAUUCUUUCUCCAUAAAAGAGGAAUUGUUUAUAGAGAUCUGAAAUUAGAUAAUGUGAUGCUGGAUUCAGAAGGACACAUAAAGAUUGCAGAUUUUGGGAUGUGCAAAGAACAUAUGACAGAUGAAGUAACAACGAGGACAUUCUGCGGCACUCCAGACUACAUUGCACCAGAGAUUAUUGCUUAUCAGCCCUAUGGAAAAUCAGUAGAUUGGUGGGCCUACGGUGUGCUGUUAUACGAGAUGCUAGCUGGUCAGCCUCCAUUUGACGGGGAGGAUGAAGAUGAACUCUUCCAGUCCAUAAUGGAGCAUAAUGUUUCCUAUCCUAAAUCGCUGUCCAAAGAAGCUGUUUUUAUCUGCAAAGGGUUAAUGACAAAACACCCUGCAAAAAGGCUUGGCUGUGGGCCUGAGGGGGAGCGUGAUGUCAGGGAGCAUGCAUUCUUCAGGAGAAUCGACUGGGAGAAACUGGAGAACAGAGAGAUUCAGCCGCCAUUCAAGCCUAAAGUGCACUUCUGUACCAAAAUGCACUGGCUUCAGUGGGCAUCGAGGUGUUCGUGUGGCAAAGGUGCUGAAAACUUCGACAAAUUCUUUACUCGAGGACAACCAGUGUUAACACCGCCUGAUCAGCUGGUCAUUUCUAAUAUAGACCAAACAGAUUUUGAAGGGUUCUCCUAUGUCAACCCACAGUUUGUACACCCGAGCUUACUAAGUGUAGUAUGAAGCUAAUAGACAUGAACAAAUCACGCAGUGGAAAAUGGACCUUUGCCCUAGAAUUUUUAGGCCUUUGCCUUGUUGGUUCCAGUUGGGCCUGGAAAUUGUAGGGUAAAAAGUACAGGAGAAGGGGGAGGGAAAAGGACACUCAUUCAGGAUUUGGCUUUGCAGCAAAGAGAAGUUGUCUUAGUAGGAGCUCAUGUAAUACACAGUGUCCAUUUAUUCACACUACUGACUGUAGGGUUAUUCUUAUGAGGUUAUCCAUUUUUGGUAUAUUUUUAAUAUAUUUGCAUAAUUUCUAUUGUCCUUUUCCACCUCCCCUCUGGCACUGGAAAAGCGUAUUAGAAAGGAUGAAAGAGCAUCAAAUAGGCUGAAAAGAAAAACAACCCACCUUAAAAUGGAAAGGCUUCAGCCCAUAAAUGUGGAUAGCAUGAAAUGUGAGCAGUAGGCCCUGAGGGGCUCUUCCUUCUGGUCUUCCUGAUGACUCCUGAUGAAACAACAGCACAAGUGACUGAAAGGGAGGGGUAACUGGGGCGGGGGGCACUGUGUAAGUUUGUUCAAAGCAAGAUGUUUCAAAACUAUUGCUUUUAGAAAAAUAUGGACACGUACUAGGUUGAUUUUUUUUUUUAAUGAAAUAAUGUCAGACUCCUGUGCUUUGAGACUCAAUUGCACAAAGCAGACGCAAAUUUAAACAGAUUUUCAGUACAGGCCAGAUAUUUAGGACUGAUGAUAACUAGCGCACAGGACAAAUAUUAGCUCAAGGAUAAAAUUGCAUAUUUAAUAGUAAUAAAAAUAAUAAUACUUGUGUUAACUUUAAUCUCCAUGAGAUUAUUCUGUGAUCCAGGUGCCAUUGUUAUAUUAAUUUAAUUUACCCCACUACUCAAGUUCAUUGUUAGCCAGUUCUACUAAUACCAAUAUUUUGCUAUAAAACUUUUGUUAAUGAGAGUGUGAAACAGAACUGUAACCCCUUACAACCCACUCACACGUAUUCAUUUAGUAGGCUGCAGAAUAGGGUAGUAAAGGAGAGCAGUGUUCAGUAAUUUAAUGACAGUGUGGAGUUCAGAGUCACUUCCUGCUUUCCCCAAGGUAACUUAGAAAAAUAUGAGGUUUUUUUUGUCUAAAUUCCAAUUUAAAUAUUGGUUUAAAUCCCAUGGAGCUAUAGAAUAUGGGAGCCUGAAAGAAAAAGCAGUUAAAAAAUUUUUAUUGGUAGAAGGGAAUUUAACACAUUUUGCAUAUGCUUCAUGCAAUGAAUUUUGCAUGUUUAAUAAUAACCCUUAAUAAUAAGCAAAUCUCUAUUAUUGACAUAAUCAUAUCAAGUAUAAAGAGAAUAUUAAAAAAAACUAUAAGACAAAAUUGUACUAUGUUUGUGAAGGUUCUUGUUCUAAAUGAGCAUUAUUAUUUAGAUUUAGCUAAAUGUUUUAUUGCUAAUUUUUUUGUUUUUUUUUAUUUUAGUUUAUGAAUAUAGUCAAUGGGAUAGGAUAUACUAUUUUUUGUUUAAUGUAGAUCUAUUUUUAAACAAUAAUGGCUACCUGCAGGUUUUAUACAAGAUUCAAUGAGGCUUUUAUUUCACAUAUAUUACUUGCAAAAAAGAAAAUAGAUUUUCUUUAUUUGCGGUGAUGAACACUGUAAUUAAUGCAGUCUUCUCUUGUAGCAAUCAUCUGGUUAAAAUGAUUGAUAUUUCCUCUUAGAUCUUACUAGAAGAUAUUGAUUCAAAGAUCCUUAAAUACUUUUGUGCAUAUUUUGGUUGCAUUAUGGCAUGUAAAUUGGUAUAGUCAUUACCUUUUCCUUUUCCUUUUGCCUUGUUAAUGUUAGCCAUCUUAGACAUUUUUUGCCUUCUGGAUGUGCAUGUCAAUGCCAGAAGCAUGUUGUCUCUAUUGCUGCAUGCAGACUGAUCUAACGUUUUUUUCUCAGCAUGUAAACUUACUUUCAUGCAAAGUAAAAUAUUUCCCGUCAAAUACUUAUAAAUUUAUCAGAAUCUGCAACAAAGGGUGCAAUUUCUGUAACAUCAGUUUUGUAUUACAAUAGAUCAUCUAAACUCUGCCAAAAUGCUGUGGAAGGGCCCAAUCCUGUAAACUGUUACUCAUAGAACUAUUCCUUACUUCCUUGAGCAGUCUCACAGAUGCAGUGGAGUUAUGUCUGGGUGAAAUUCAGCCAUGUGCAGAGGGCCAGUAUAAAGCUUAUGUAUCUCUUCUACUCUCAAAAGUUGUUGAGGGUGUCAGUGGUGCAUAGUCCUCAUGACUUGUGCUGAUCUUCUGCACAGGAGUGGAUUUCACCCACAAAUAAUCCCAUUGCAAUCGCUGGGCGCACUCUCCGAAGAAAAGGUCGACUCAUGCAAGUAUGAGUGUUGGGGAUUGAGCUCUAAGUGAAUGAGUAAUCCUGGGCUACUGGUAAAAUGGAACAUUCUGAGAUCUUAGAGAAGAAUACCGCAAAUGAGGAGCACCUUAAACAAACCAGAGCUCAAGCUAUUGCUGAACUACAGAAACUUUCAAACAAAAUUUUAAAUUGUUUUAGGAAUAAUAAUUUAAAACAAAAUCUGUGUCAAAAUAUUAAGUUACCUGCCAAAGCUGAGAAUGAAUUGUCUUGUUUGUAUAUCAUAUAUAUAUUUAAAAACAUGGGUAUUCAACAUAAAGGAUGUGGAUACCUGAAGAAUUUCAUGACCUGCUACAUUCUAAUCUACUAGCAUCGAACUCCUGACACAGGAUAGGGCCAGCAAGGCAUCAUGCCGCAUUUGAUGGUGGAUUCAGUAGAUUACUUCAAAGGCUCAGAUUUAGAAUAAAGGGGUCUUAACGUCACAGCUGCCGAUACUGAUGGGAGCAGUCAUUAAAUGUACUCUACGGGUACGUCUAUCCUGCAAUAAAAAACUUCCAGCACCCAGUCUCAGAGCCUGGUCAGCUGAAUUGGGCACAUGGUGUGCGGGGCUACAAAUUGCAGUGCAGAUGUUCAAGGUUGGGCUCGUACCUGAUCUCUGAUACCCUCCACCCUUGCGAGGCUUCAGAGCCAUGGUUGCAGCCCAAGUCCAAUGAUCUAUACUGCAGUUUUUAGCCCCACAGCCUGAGUCCUGCGAGCCUAAGUCAGCUGACUCAGGCCAGUCAUGGCUUAGCCAGUAGUCUUUUAUUGCAGUAUAAGUGUACCCUUGGAGUAUGAUGUUGGGCAUUAAGUAAUGGAGAGACUUUGAAAAGGAGAAAAUAGAAAAGGAUAGCAGAGCACUGAAGAUCUAGAGAUGAGAGAAGCAGCAUGGGAGACUAAAUGGGACAGAGCCAAGCUGUACAGGAGAUUGGUAGACAAGAUAUGGAACUUGUGUUUUCCUUAGGAGGUAUCGGGUGAAGUGGAGCUAUGGAAUAUAUCAGUUUGUAGACCCACAUUUUAAAUGUUAAACAGUGCUGUGCCUACUGGGGCAUAACAUUAAAGGGCUGGUCCAACAUCCAAACCUCAAAUGAUUUGCUUUUGUUCAUUUCCUCAAGAUUUUUCAUUUUUAUUUCUUUAAGCACUUGCAUGAGCUCUGCAAUUGGUUAGGUUAAAAACAGGAAGUCAUCUUUGAUCAUGUUACCUCAAAGUUCCUGUGUGUGUGACCUCUCCUGUCUUCUUGUGUAGGUUUUUGUAAUGCUCACAGAAGGGUACUGAGAACUUGCCCAUCCUACAGGGAUAAGGCAACAUUGUGCAGAACUGUCUAAAAGUGGCUGUCUAGACAAGUUAUCUUUAAUUAACUCCUAUGCCUUACUCACAAGGUUUCAUAUGAGCCCUGAUGUUAGGACCAGCCCUUUACACAUAAUUUAAAAGGCACAUCCAGUGACUUCCUCGUGAUUUGGAAAUGCAUUAUAGAAAGUAAAACCCUAAGGUUACAGCAAAAGUUCCUAAUGCCAUUUUAAUACAGCUGUUGUUUAUUUAUCAGAUAUCUAUAUACAGGUGUGGCUAUCCAGAGAACUUUGGUUAAAAUGAGUAGUCAUUAACAUUAAAGUGACCUCAUUUAAGUUAGAACCUUUCCCUUUGAGACAACAAAACCCCCUGAUAUCAUGAGUUUGUAAAACUAGAAUUGACAUUUUGUUGCAUUUAAAUUUAGGUGCCAGUUUUAAGAACCUGAUCUUAUAAGAUCCUGAAUGGACUUUGCUCCCCUUGACUUCUGAAGGAGACGAGAGUGCCCAGAACACCCACAAUUAGGUAAUACUGUCACUAUGCUGCAGCAGUUGUAGGUGCCUGUUGGAGAUAAAUUGGGCUGAGGGCCGAUAAAUAUAGAGAUGUUCCAAAGAGGUUGUAAAAACCUCAAUUCAUGGGGAGUUUUAACUACUGAGAAAAAGCUUGGGCUUCAGGCUGCUAAUCUGAAACUUCUUAUGAUUGACCAUAUUCCGUUUUCCCCCUUAAAAAAACCCAAACACUCUCUAAUAAACUGCAUAUUUUUAAAACUAGUGGUUUUAAAAAAAAAAUUACAAGUAACAUAUCUCUACGUAAUGUGUUAGAAACACUCUCCGUAGAUGCAAACUCUGUCCAUUUCCCAGCUGCAUUAGUGAGUAAGCAGUGAAAUAAAUAGGGUCUGUGUGUUCCUGUCUGUAGGUGAAAUCCACCCCAUGCAGAGAGCUAGCACAAACCUUGGAACCACGCAAGUCACACGUAAGGCCUCAACGAAUGACUUGGUUCCUAGGCCUCCUACUGGUCCUCUGCAUUGGGUGGAUUUCACUCUGUGGGCAAAAUCCUUCAAGUCUUUAUUCACGUCCUAUUGAUUUCAGUGGGGUUACUUGGGUGAGGUAAGGACUGCUACAUGAAUACGGACUUGAAAGUCAGAGCCCAUUUAUCUGCACUCCAUAUCCUGUUGCUAUCAACAGGAAUUGCACAUACAUAAAGAGAGAACACACUCCAAACAUUAAAAAUGCCAACAUAACCCACGUUAGAAAUUCAGGGGGGGAUGGGGACAUUUAGCCUUCAGAUAUUUCAUAGUCUGCAGAAAUAAAAUGUGAUUUUUCUUUUACAACCUAAAUACAGUUACACUGUCAAAACCAUUCAUUAGUGAAUAAAGUAACCGACAGCACGUGUACACUGUGAUCCUUUUAAAUCCUUCCUGUCCUGCAGUGUCAAUUUCAUUGGAAAACAACUGCGCUCCUGUGAAACAAACAAGGGGAAAAGCCUGUCUCCUUGCAGGAAAGGUGGAAUGUUAAAGGUCCAGUGUUGCAAUUGCUGAUAACACUUAUGGAUGUUGGUAUUGUACUGUUGAGAAUAUCCCACUUCCACUUUAAUUGAAUUGUCUCGUUAGCAGUGACCCCCACUCUGUAAGGCAACUCCCAUCUUUUCAUGUUCU